UAAAAAAUCAUAUCUCUCCGAACAGUGGAACCGGAGAUACCUUUAUUAUGAAGUGCUCUACGUGUUAUGCUUUGUUGUUACUCUCGGUUCAAUGUAUCUUACUUCAGUACAUUGACUGCGGAGUAACGAAGAGGAACGAACAAGAAUCAAAACACUGGGUUGACAACGAUGGCGCACUGGUGGCUGCAGUCACUGUGCAUGGCGAUCCAACCAUCCACAACCAGCUGCUGCUUAAAGUUAGUACGUUCCUCCAUGAUCACCACAUCACCGUGACCAGGGUCCGCGACUCAGUCUUCCACGACAACCUCGAGGCAUUCAUCGUCACCGGCGGGGAUGACAACAUCACUGAAUUCCACAUUGAAGACAUCCCGUCUGAGAUCCACAGCCAUGGACGUCAGUUUUUCUCCAACCGAACUUUUGGAACAAUCGUCAGCAUAACACUGAACAGCCUCGGGAAAAUGCAUGUGGAGGGUAUCAUCAAUGAUGAGUACGUCAUCGCACCGCCAGGGUCGCAGCGACGUCAUCGCAGAGCACUUCCCGUAGACGCACAUUCACUUUUGAAAAAGAAACCCGAGGAAGGAAGCGUCGUUGACUACAUUGAUGUUCCAAAAAUGUUCCAGAAUGAAAAGAACUGGAAAGAAACAUUUACAAGAAACUCGCUCAAAGUAUUGCCAUUACGCAAUUCAAGAUCAGCAGAACGUUUACGGGAUGUCCACCGGAGUGAAAGGUCACCACGAAGACGACGCGAUACUGAUGAUGAUGACGACAACGACGAUGAAUAUGAUGACGAUGAUGAUAAUGAUUUUGUCGUUGUGGAAGCAUUAGUGAUCAUUGACGUCAAACUCUUUAAACAGUUCGAUAACAGCAUUAAAGAACUUGGCGUGUUUUUGUUACACUUCUGGCAUGCGGUUGCUUUCAAAUUUAGAACUCUAUCACAGCCAAGGAUAAAGCUAAAACUGAAACAAUAUGGCGCAUUUUCACUUGCACACUACCAGCCAUUUAUUGAAAAUAAUCGAAUAAAAGCAGGGGCCAAGGAAAUAUCCUUGUAUGACACACUCGAUGGUUUUAGAGACUGGAUGAGAAAAUAUGAAUCAAAUCAUAAGUUUGUUGACCAUGAUAUUGCAUUUCUCCAUACAGGUGAAGACUUGUGCGAGAAACAAGUGGGAAGUUGCAACUCGUUAACUUCUGGUAUUGGAUAUGUGAAAGGUGCCUGCAUCACUGCUAAUGCAUUUCCCAAGUACUCGUAUGAUGCGGCGAUUUCGGAGGUGGGCAAGAGUUUUAAGGGUGUUCUCGUUACAGUACACGAACUCGGACAUCUUCUUGGGGCGCACCAUGAUGGCGAGGCAGACAGUGCUAAGUGCCCCGUAAAGUCAGGUUACGUGAUGAGUUACCAGAGAAACAAGGCUUCACAGUUCUCCCGCUUUUCACGAUGCUCGAAAGCCAGCAUCAGAAAAUUCAUCAACAAAAUGUGGUAUUCCAAAUGCCUUCGUGAGACUGGAACUGGUGGCUAUAGCUUCCCCAAAAUACUGCCUGGUAAAUACAUGAGUCUGGAAGAACAGUGUCGGAACUAUGUCAAAGGCACACCGUGUCCUCUUAGAGUGUACCCUCUCGAAGAAAGAUGUGAGAGGCUGUGUUGUGAAUCUGGAGGAUACAGGAUCAAACGGCGCGAACCAGCAGUCGACGGAACUGCAUGUGGACACUUCAAGGUCUGUUUGAAUGGUGAAUGUGUCUUACAGUCAGCUGUGCCAUCUUAGAUUGUGUAGUGAUUGGUUGGAAGCAAACGUCACAAGAGGACAAGUGAAUAUAUUUGCCUGAAAGUGCUGACACUACAAUGAAAGUGACCGUCUGCAUACAACCUUAAAAUAUGUACAAAAAAAGUCUCCAUAUACUUUACAUAAUAAACUGUUUUAUUACCCA